UAGGCUAUGUGAAACCAAAAAUGGGGGAUUGGAAUCUUUUGGGAAGCAUUUUGGAGGAAGUUCAUAUCCAUUCCACCAUCGUGGGCAAAAUCUGGCUGACCAUCCUCUUUAUCUUUCGCAUGCUGGUCCUUGGCGUUGCUGCUGAGGAUGUCUGGGAUGACGAACAAAGCGAGUUUGUGUGUAACACCGAGCAGCCCGGGUGCAAGAAUGUCUGCUAUGACCAAGCUUUUCCCAUCUCCCUCAUCAGGUACUGGGUCCUGCAGAUCAUCUUUGUAUCAUCACCUUCUCUGGUGUACAUGGGCCAUGCGCUGUACCGACUGCGUGCUCUGGAGAAGGAGAGGCACAAGAAGAAGGCUCAGCUUAAAGUAGAGCUGGAGGGGAUGGAGGGCAUCCUGGAUGAACAUAAAAGGAUUGAGAGGGAACUGAGGAAACUGGAAGAACAGAAGAGAGUCAGGAAGGCACCUCUGAGGGGUUCCCUACUGCGUACCUACGUGCUUCAUAUUUUGACCAGGUCAGUGGUUGAAGUGGGCUUUAUUCUGGGUCAGUAUGCCCUUUAUGGUAUUGGUCUGUCCCCACUAUACAAGUGUGAGAGAGACCCCUGCCCCAACAUUGUGGACUGUUUCGUGUCCAGGCCAACAGAGAAAAAUAUUUUCAUGAACUUUAUGCUGGGCAUCGCCGGGGUUUCGCUCUUCCUAAACAUCUUGGAGAUCUUUCACCUGGGCGUGAAAAAGAUCAAGCAGAGCAUAUAUGGCAACAUGCAUAGCGGAGAUGAUGAGAGUCUUUGCAGGUCAAAGAAAAGCUCCAUGGUCCAGCAAGCAUGUGUCCUUACAGACUGCCUGCCGCAGAAAUUUGCACACAUAACCCAAACAUCCUAUGCCAUAGUGAACGACGGGCAGGUGGAGGCUUUGCCACACCACAUGCCUGCUAGCCACCCUCUGCCCACCCCUGAGGCACCAACCAGUAAUGGUCCUGGAUCUGAGCAGUCCAAGCAGACACGUGUCCCGAGCCAGCCUGAGAUCCAGGCCAUCCGUCAACUAGGUGCCACAGAGCGGCUUUCCACCGUGGACAACCGUGGCCACUCUUCCAGCAGCGACGACUCCGGACCCAAGGUAUCCGGACCUCUGAAGGGUGCUGGUCAGCUACCUCGAGCGUCCCUCAGAGCCAGCAACAUCGAGAUCCCAGCAUCCCUUCAGAACUCUGCACGCAAGCAAAGUCGGGUGAGUGCAUGCAAGGACCUGAGUGAGGAGAGUGAUUCGCCAGAACACUACCCCACAGGUAGGAAAGCUAGCUUCAUGUCCCGUGGGCUUUCUGAGAGCAGACUGGCCAUUCCACUAGACAGUCCAAUGUCCAAAAGCGGCUCAGAGUCAGAGGCCAAGCAGCUGGCUCAAAGCGAAAGCCCUGCCAUGACCCCUCCACCUGCCGGUGGCCGCCGCAUGUCAAUGAGCAUGAUCCUGGAACUGUCUUCGAUCAUGAAAAAGUGA